GCGAUCGAUUCUCAUUAAAUUUCCCCAAAAACGAUAUCCAACGCUGUCCUACAGAUUAUUUUCAGUUUUGCAAUAGAUGCAGCUCUCAUUUCUUACCGAUGCUAGUCAAAAUUUUUCCGUCGCAUCAAGUUUCAAAUUCAAAUCCCAUGAAUAGCCGCUGCAUUUCACGAGCGUCGACUUAUCGCGUGCAAGAGUCGAAUCGAACGAGCGGUUCUCCCUCCACUGCGGCUCUGCCGUCUGCGGCGCGCUGCUGUCUGAUCUUCGGUCUCGUUGCCCAUCGUUUUAGGCUGUCUGCAACUAAUACAAUUUGAAGCAAAUUUCAGAGAAAAAUUAUCCAAACACCAUGGCUGACGAAGAUAUUAACGGAGAUUGCGAAGAUGUUCAGCAGGAAAAAGCCCAAAAGCGAACUGCCAAAUAUGACAGUGGAGCAGCUGAUCUUGAAAAAGUCACUGACUAUGCCGAAGAAACCGAAAUUGCAAAUUCCGCUGGUUUCUCGGAUGCUAUGAGCAUUAUUGGUGACAAGCGUAACAAGGAAGUCGCAGAAAAAAAAGCUAAAGAAAAAGAACUUCUCAAAGUCUCAAUCAAAAAAGAAGAUGUUGAUCUCAUUAUGAAAGAAAUAGAGAUUAACCGAGCAGUAGCUGAACAAACUCUAAGAGAACACAAAGGAAAUGUUGUUGAAGCUCUAAUUACUCUCACUAGUUGAAUUUUCUAAGGAAAUUUUGCUCAAAAAUAGUUGUAUCUAGAAAUAAAAUGUUUUAAAUGUUUUACUGUACUUGAUUACAACGCAACUUAGUUUUAUAAACUAAGAUAGUUUAAUAAGAACAUUUAAUUUAAUUAGACCACUUGUAAAAUUAAAUAUUUAAGCACAGAGAUCAUCAAAUUGAUGUUCUAAGUCAAUGAAAAUAAAAUAACCCCUUUUUAUUUACAACUUGAUAUUA